AUGAGCAGCGAAGAUAUAUUGGCGAAAUUCGACGAAUUGGUGAAGCGGUUCAAAGAGGAAUUUAACGAAAUUAUCCAAGGCGAGCGAGCAAAAAUGAAGGCGGAAGUGGAACAGUACAACGCAGAGAAGCAACGAAUGAAACCGUUCGAAGUUAGCGACGAUGAUAUAAUACUUCUGAACGUCGGUGGACAAAAAUUCACGAGCACAAGAUCUACUUUGUGUCAAGUAGAAGGUUCCUUACUUGCCAUCAUGUUCAGUGGAAGGUGGGAACGUGGUCUCAAGCGUGAUGAAGAUGGCGCCGUAUUCUUUGACUUCAACCCACAAUAUUUUGGUUAUAUUUUGGAUUAUCUUCGCAUGAAGAAAAUUGCGUCGUCAGAGAACUCUGCAGAAUUUCCAAAAGUUCCAAGAGAUGAAGUGAAAAAUUUCAACACUCUUGUCGAGUACCUCGGCCUGAGUGAUGAAAUCGUAGUGCCUGUCGAAGAGACUGUUGAAAUCGUCCCCACUGAGAUUGUGCCAAGCGAGAAAUUUAAUUUACACAGCCCUGAAAUUACUCUUCAGGAAGACGGGAAAGUAGCGGUUCUCACUUCAAAGGCAGCGUUUCGAUAUGCAAUUGGUGAAAAUAUUUACCAACAAGGGAUUGUGCGUCUCAAACUGAAGUUGGAAUCAUUUCAAAAUAAUGAUUGGAUGUUUGUUGGCAUCGCGAAAGGGGAUGGUCUACAAGAGGGCUACUACUUUUCAUGUGGAUGGCCAGGUUCGUAUGGAUGGGCACUCGGGACGACUGGUCAAGUAUGGAAAGAAGGGAAUAUUACACGUGACAAUUCUUUAAAAAAUCUCACCAAGGCAGGUGACACAGUUGAGUUAGUGUUGGAUUGUGAUGCUGCCAAGCUGUCACUUAAUUUGCCCACCGGAGAGCAAUUUCACAUUAAUUUACCAAAGUCCCAAGGCCAAACCUGGAGACUGAAUGUAAAUUUACGUUAUCUAUAUGACAAAAUACACAUUAUUGAAUAUUAGUAUAAUUUCAGUUUUGAAAAAUGGCCUUUGAGCAUUCUGACUGGCUCCCUCAGCAGUGACUCUGAGGCAAUAGUUACUGCCCAGACUGCUCUGAGCAGUAACUAUUGCUUUUUCCCCCAAAAAAUGGCUGAAAUUAUUUAGGCAAAUCAUAUUCAUAAAAUAAACACGUACAUUGGUUGUAUUUAUAAAUAAAACUUUAAUACUGAAAUUAUACCACUGAAUUUAUACUAAAACAAUUAGUCGCCUCAGGCUCGGUGAUUACAAGCCCAUAUUCACUUCGGCUCAGUGAAUAUAGGCUUGUAAUCACCGAGCCGACUAAUUGUUAAAUAAAAUUAAAGAACUUAAUUGGCCCUUCAUUAAUUAAACGAAACUCAUUACAAUAAGAAUUGUUCGUUAACAAUACGAUUAUAAGUGUAGCCAAAUUGACGAAUCCAUGUAAAUAGCAUAUAGUUGAAAAAAUAUGCAUAUCAAAGUUUUUUUGUUUGUAAUUCGACAUAUCAGUAAUGGUAUUUUUGUAUGAAUAAAGUUAUUAUUAUUAUUAUCAAAGUUAUAGCACUGGUAGUAAAAACCAAAGUACAUUCUGUUUGUUUUAUUAGGUUAACUCACUGAAUGGCAGCACUCUCCCCUUGAUGAGUAAAAUGGUCUGGCAUUAAACAGAGUAAAAUAAUAAAGUAAGGUGCAUUGUGGCACAUUGCCAUACGAUAAUUAACCCAUUAAGUUGCAUGGUGCUCUAAUGCACUCUAUUGUGUUCUUUCACUCUGUCUAAUGCCAGACAAUUUUACUUGUCGAGGGGAGAGAGCUAGUGCUCAAAGAGUUUAUAUAAUCAGACAAUCCGCCGAUGCGUCUGGCUAACCCAUUAAGUUUCAUUGUACCCAAAUUACUUUGCUAUUUUACUCUGUCUAAUGCCAGACGUCUCAUCAAGGGUAGAGUGCUUGUGCUCAAUGGGUUGAAGAAUCAAGUACAGUAAUAAGAAAUAUACCUGCAUAUGGACAAAAAUCACUGUCUUUCUUAAACUGUAAGUUGUACCAAUCAUUUUUAAUACCAAUAGUCAAGAUAGACUUAGUAAACUGGGCUCAAAUCUUUGGUGAAACCAUUUCAUAA